CUCACAUUCACUCUCACUGCACCCGUCGGAGCUCCCGAAGCAAGUGCAUCUGGCCAGCCAUGGCGAUCGACGAGCCCACCAAAAGGAAGAGAGGGACGCCAGCGGGUGAUCCCCACGCUGCAAAGUCCAAGAUGGGGCAGAAGAUGGUCCAUCGAAACCGUGCUUUGCUUGAUGAAGGCAGCAGACACGAAGACGACGACGACGACAAUUUUGAGACGAUGGAUGAGGAGUUCGCUGCUGAUGUUCGUCAGAAGAAUACGGCAGUUGAUGACAGCGAUGACAACUUUGUUCCACUGAUAAUGAUGAGAACAAAGAAUGUGAAGAGUGAGCCUGGAAAGCAUCCCGGCUUUCGAUAUAAGCACAAAGCCCAGAGAACUAUCACUAAAACUUCUAAAAGGAAGAAGACAGGGAGGCCAGCAGGUUCCAAGAGAUAUAGCAAGAGAAAGAUAGUGAAAAAGCCAAUGUUGGUUGACAACACCAAUAUUAGUAAGAGCAAUAAAGACAUGGAUGCUGAUUUUGAACCAGAGAUACCUGAUGGUGAUGUCCGGAAGAAAUAUGCAAGUGCUUUUGACAGAGCUUUAGAGGUAGAAAACAAAUUGCCAGCAGAAGGUCCAAGCUUCGUCAAGCUUAUGAGGAAAUCACAUGUUGUUAAGGGUUUUUGGCUGGGUGUCCCGCUCAGCUUUUGUAGAGAUCAUCUUCCAAAAGAUGAUGUUACAAUUGCAUUAGAAGAUGAGGAUGGACACCGGUUUGAUACAAAUUACCUAGCUCGCAAGCAGGGACUAAGUGGUGGGUGGCAUGGGUUUGUGGUACGCCAUGGUCUUAAGGUCGGCGAUGCCGUGAUAUUUCAACUAGUGGGACUGAAAAGAUUUAAGGUGUAUAUACUGAGAGAGAAUAAGUUCACUACAACCGAUGGAGCGCUUGGUCUCUUGAGUUUAGACACGUCCAUGGAGAACAACAUACCCGACGAAACUUGGGAUGAAGAUGCAAAGUCCAAGGAGGAGGAUCCAGAGGUCACCAAAGUCAUCACCAACAAGGCAUCCGAAGAUGAUAGCUGCAAUGACCUUUUCAGUGAAGAAGCAGGAAACGACUACAUCAGAUCGGCAGAUGCAGAUCCAGGCCCUGAUUUUAACGCCAUGAUGAAAACAUUCAGAGCCUUCAAGACCGCCAUCGACAGUUCUGCUGUCAUCGACCGCAAACUAGUCCCCGAUCGCCUGCUUAGGACGUACUACAAGCUCUGCGGCGCCAAGAAGGCGCUCCUCCACAGGCGUCUGCCGGAGAACAUAAACCCGACGCUAGCCGCGGGAGUGAUCGUGGAGACGGCCAGCAUCGCCGAGGGUAUCAGGUCCUACGACCCCACCACCUGCGAGGACCUCGCGGCAUGGAAGAAGACCCUGGAGUCCAUGGAGCUGCUGGGCAUGGACGUGGGCUUCAUGCGCAAGCGUGUCGACGAGCUCCUUUUCCUCCUCGACGCCGCCCGGCCAUCAUUGGAUGGUCACGCGGCGCCGGAGGAGGGGUACAAGUACAACGAGGAGGUGAUGAAGCUGGAGCGUGGUCGCGCUGCGGAUAAGGUGAGGGCCCUCGAGUCGAAGAUGGCGAGCCUGAAGGAUGCUCUCAAGGAGAUGGACACGGAGAUGGAGGAGAUCGCGGAGGAGAGGAGGAGGGGCCAUGCUAUUGCUGUGCUGCAGCUGGCGGCCGCGCCAUGGUGAUGCAUGGGCGAUUCGACAUCGUCUUGCGGUCUUUUGUGGGCAUCUCUUUCAGCUCAUCACACUUGGUCAAUCGACCUACUAGUUCUAGAUCUAGUUUGUGUUAGAAUUAAACCGAGGUACACGGUCGAUUCAUCGAGAAACAAACACUAGGGGCUUUAGUCCCGGUUCACCAACUGGGACUAAAGGGGUGGGACUAAAGGCCUAACCUUUAGUCCCGGC